AUGUCUCUCCGCAUUGCCCCUCCGGCCGGUUACGCCGACUCAACCUCCAACACCAACACCCGCCAACAACACAGCUCUGCCCGCCCCUCAAAGGGUGCCCCCUCCGCCCCCGGUAUCCCUGAUACUCUCCGCAACAAGAUCACCCUUCCCGCCAUCCCAUCUGCCUCCUCAACCAACCACCCCUCGGCUGCUGACAUCCCAUCCUCGUCACACCCGCUGGAGGCCCGCCUGCUCGCCUGGCGCGCUACUCAAGAGCAGUUGAAGAUGGAGGGUCUGCGACGAGCAUACGGUAUUGCCGAGCCCGUUCGCCGCGGCAUGGAGCUGAAGAUCGUUCGUGAUAGCACCUUCCGACCUGCCGUUCUGGGCGGUAUGAAGGGUGGCAAUGUCCACGAGGAUAUCUUGACGCUUGGUGGUCGGGAUGCGGAGAUUGGAUGGGAGGACAUUUUCACUGGCGACGAGUUCCGGGAACCGCCUACCUUCCACGACGAGAUGGAGAAGCGUCUGAAGAUGGACUUUUAA